GGCCAGUUUUUGAUAUCGUCGGAGAUGAAGAACGCCAUAUUUAUCUGCAUUUUCAGUGUCGUACAGUUUAUUAUAUGUUCAUGUCUUGCUUGCGCACACGGGCGGCUGCAUUAUACGGAAGGUGCCAUGAUGCUUCUUUGGUCAUUGAGCGUGUCACUUGUCGUCAUUGGAUAACACGCAAAACAUAAAUUACUGUCCACAUGUCGCGUUUUUGGAGCUGGGAUUUAUCGGCGUGCUAGUCUCCUAGUAUCUUGUUGGUCGGUUUCCCCAUGGUUAUGCUGCUGGCUUGAAGCACCUGCGUAUAGAUCUCGGGGGCCCAUGUGGCUAAAGGAUGGUCGCUUUGCCAAUAUUCAUUUAUUAGGACGAGUGUAGACAGGAUGCUGAGGUGCAAAUAUAUCUGUCUAUUGUUUCUUGAUGCUUUAAGAGCUCCCUUAUGGUAGAGACUGCCGUGCUUCAACUUUUCUUUGACUGUGCUUGCUGCAAAAAACUAAACAUGUCGUCCAUAAUGAGUCUUCGACGAGUGAUACUAUUCCUGUCAACGCUGACUGCGAGCCUGGCUGUUGAAGGACCAUUCGAUAAUGCAGAGCAUGAGCUACAACGAAGACAGGCGGGAGUACCAAAUUAUGUUCUGGAAUAUGCUCCACUUGUCUGGCUGCAGUCUUCAGAACAAUACCAUCCUUCGGAUAUCGGCGCACAAUUAGUACAUACGAAACCAGAAGUAAACUUCACCAUAGUCAAAGACUUGCCUAAUCCGCUUACCUUGGACAACCUCAAUGCGCUCAACGCCGAUGGCGGAAAGGAUGUCUACCUCACUUCCGUAGACGAUAUCACCAAGGCGCCUGCGUGGCUGAAUGGUAUCGUUCCCGAUGCGACAGGCAAGACAAAUGGUGCUGUGAGCUCAGUGAUUGUUGUCAAUGAUCAUGGAUCCGGCAACGUUGACGCAUUUUAUUUUUAUUUUUAUGCGUACAAUCAAGGCGACACUGUACUUGGUCAGGAAUUAGGUGAUCAUGUUGGAGAUUGGGAGCAUAACAUGAUCCGCUUCAAGAACGGUAUUCCGCAAGCUGUUUGGUUUAGCCAGCAUGACAAUGGAGAGGCUUUUACAUACAACUGCUUAGAGAAGCAGGGUCAACGUGUGGUGGCGUAUAGCGCAAAAGGAACACAUGCUGUUUAUGCUACAGCUGGGACGCACGAUCACACAAUCCCAGAUCUCAACCUCGACCAAGGCCUGAUCGAAGACCACUGUGAUCAAGGCGUGAGAUGGGACCCGACGCUCAACGCCUAUUGGUACCGCUACGAUGCGGCCUCGUCGUCAUUCUCCCCAUAUAGUUCCAGCGAGCCGGUCGGGUAUCUCCUUUAUGCGGGGCAGUGGGGAGACCAGCAGUAUCCCGACUCGGACCCAAGGCAACGCGAAUUCUUUGGGUUUGCCAAAUAUACGAGCGGCCCUACUGGACCUGCUGACAAACAGCUGAAUCGCACUCAAGUAUGUCCGGAUAAUGGAUAUCUUUGUAUUGUGAGGCCAGUUCUAGGCCCAUGAAGGUUCUUGUGAGGAACCCUUUUCGGAGUGGUUUCCGUUGGCGAGGACGCAGGGCGUUUAGGUUGUUCGCUUGAUUUGUGGUCUGAGAUGAUCAAAGAACCAUGUGGGCCUGGUCAGCCUGUCCAGUAAGCUGCCAUAGCGCAAGGGGUGGAAUAGCUAGUCAUUGAUAAACAAAUUAAUCGGUAACUUACUAACUGUAGCUGCCCCUGAUCGCUUUUGAUCUGAUGCAAAGAGCGAAAAAUCAUCAACC